GACCUCGUUCCUCUUUAAUCCAAGAAUACGCUGACAUGAGUGAAGUGAAACCGGUUAGCUUAAUGCUACCGGGCCAUGAACGCUAAAGAUGGCUGUUGUUGUGAGGCCGGCUAACUAAAGAAGAACACAAUCAAUACAUUCAGAAUCAAACCCAGCUGCAGCUAGCAUUAGAUUUAGAUAUUUUUGAACAAUAUUCGGUUUUAAAUUGACAUUAGCAGCUAUUCAAGCGUCACUGUCUGUUCUCAUGAAGUCAGUGACAUGUCUCUGGCUCAGAGGGUUUUACUGACCUGGGUGUUCACCCUGGUCUUCCUCAUCAUGCUCGUGCUCAAACUGGAUGGGAAGGUGCAGUGGAACUGGUUCCUCAUCUUCCUCCCUGUCUGGGUCUUCGAUGGCAUCCUCAUCCUCAUGCUUGCCAUCAAGAUGGCAGGCCGCUGCAAGCCUGGGUACGAUCCCCGCAACGGCUCCCCGGACCUGCGGCUGCGCGCCUGGUACCUGACGGCCAUGCUGCUCAAGCUGGGAUUCUGCCUGACACUGUGCGCCAAGCUGGAGAAGCUGGCCGACGUGAAGCUGACGUUUGUGUGCAUUCCGCUUUGGACCAUGUUACUGGGAGCGCUGGUGGAGCUGGGGCUGAAUAUCUUUCCUGAGAGGAGAGAAGCCUGAGGAGAGAAGGGGGGGGUAAUUACACCUACACAAGACUUGUGCACAAAAUGUGUUUAUAUGACCAUUACUUUGUGAAACAGGAGACUUUCGCCUUGGCCCGAUUGUCUUCACAGAGGACUGAGACUCGAGAAGGAAUCAAAUCAUCACCAGAUACAUUGGAUCUUAUGAAAAAUAGGCUGUAAAAAUAGAAUCAUUUGUGCUCAGAUCAUCGUGAAGUGUUCAGUGAAGGUUCGAGCAGAGCUGGCACUCUGCUGCCUGUGACUGCAUGUGAAUCACACUACAUUCAUUUAAAUAAAAACAGAUAGACUGACUCUCAGUACAGAGCAAUACUUCUGCCAAGGCCCAGAUUUUGCACCGAAUCUGUCGUGUUCAUUUGGACGUAGUUCCUAAACUAUUAAAGCGAUACAUAAACUGUUAUUUCCUACUUGUUACCGUAUAGCGGCUGAAACAAGUCCUACCCUCCCUUGAAACCACAAAUCUGCUAGAUGUGGGUUUUUUACACACACAUAAAUAUCAGUCCAAUGAUUUUUUUCAUCAAGAUCCAUGAAUUAUUAUCUGAGAAAUUGGUGUUUAAAUAAGUGAUUACAAAUUCCUGGAGUAGCCCUUAAAUUGAAUGGGUUGUUUCUUGGAUCAUGUCCCAUCCUUCCAUGUUUGGUGGAAAUCAAACACAAAAAAAUGCCAAUACAAAGAAUCAACUGCAUUUCUAUAAAACUACUGUGAAGCUGACACUGGGGGGAACAAACAUACUUUUUCUUACGCUAGUGUUUAUUUUACUGUACAUAAACUAGCUCUGCUGCUCAUGCUGGGGGUGGGGGGGUGGGGGGAGUGGACAAACAGUAUUUGGUGAAUUUUGACUUAAUUUUUCUUUUCUUUAUUUACAUUUACUCUUGGUACCAGAUUGUGGAGUAUUAAUUUUGAUACAUGUGCUUCAGAUAUUGUUUGGCUGUAUUUACACACACGCACUUUGUGUUUUUCAUUCCAGAGCUGUGGAGGGUAGUUGGCCAAAUAUUAUUUUACAAGUCAUAGAUUAACUUUGAAUGUGUUGGUUUGGCUUUUUAUCUACAGGCUACCCUCUCUGUCUUGUACAAUUUUAAUUUUGUACCGUUUCAAUCAUUAUGUGUAUCAAGAAAAUCAGUAAGAUGUUCCGAGAUAGAUUUUCUGUUUUUUACUACACCGCUCAUCAGAAUAUCUUCUACAGGAGUUUGAAAAUGUGUUGAGUUGAUCAUUGAUUCAGUGUCACGGUACAGCCGACACCGUGCAUGACUGAGAAGUGUUUUUUUUGUGCCAUGUGAUUGUUCCAGGAGUAUUUCAAAAACAUUCUUCACAUUGUUUUGCACUAAGUUGACCAGAAAAUAAAUGUAUGUUUUGAUGUGGCAUGCACGUCUUUAUAGUA